GUCUUUGCUAAGAAGUUCAAUAGAGAUAGCAGGGUAAUUGGUUACAAAGCCUACCUUGUUGGGAAGGGGUACUCACAGAAAUUUAGUAUUAACUUCUUAUGGACAUCUGUGGCAGUCAUUUGUCUGGAGACUGUUUGUACUGCACUUGUACUGACAGCUAUCCUUAACCUAGAGCUCUAG